AUGAACGUGAACUUCUACUUUGCAGGAGACAUGUGCGGCAGUGGAAACGGAGGCGGAAGCGGACGUGGGCGCGGUAGCGGUCACGGACGCGGUGGUGGCCGCGGAGGUACAAAUACCCGCCGGAAGCGCGGGGCGCGCAAAAGGACGGACCAAGGGACGGACGGACGAAUUUCGUAUCGAUAUCCGAAUCAACCGCCACAAUGUCAGCCGCAGCGGCCACCGCUGAGGUCACUGCAACAGCCACCGCCGCAGCAGCCACCGCCGCAGCAGCCACUGGCGCAGCAGUCACAGGCGCAGCAGCCACCGGCGCAGCAGUCACCGGCGCAGCAGGGGACGGACGGACGAAUUUCGUAUCGAUAUCCGAAUCAACCGCCACAAUGUCAGCCGCAGCGGCCACCGCUGAGGUCACUGCAACAGCCACCGCCGCAGCAGCAACCGGCGCAGCAGACCCCCCGGCGCAGCAGCCACCGGCGCAGCAGCCACCGCCACAGCAGCAGCCACCGGCGCAGCAGCCGCCGGCAGAGGCGGCUAUGGCAGCCCGGCUGA